AUGGGUGCUGACGUCAAAGAAAAGCAUUUAAAAGUGCCUGAGAGAAAAGCAGCAGCUGUAGGAGGAACAUCAGAAUCCCAGGGGGCUGUGACUGACAAUGCAGCACAGUCAACAGGAGGUGCUGCGAGAAUACCAGAGGGUCUGCUGAGUAAAACUGGCCACUUGGGAGAGCCAAAUGCCACAAUUGCUGGUAGCAACACCUCUUCAUCGAGGACAGAGAGUGUGGAGAGAAAAAUAACAGAGAAAAAAAAACAAGAGAGGGGGAGACAGAGACUGGAUCAGGGUAGUUCUCUUUAUCCCGUUUCCACCAUUACAGCAAACCACAAGAAGGUCAGAGAUAUGGCGACCAUGACUGACCCAAGGGAGAGCCUUUAUCCAUUGGCAGGAGGGCAAAGAGAAGUUGCUGUCCAAGUGGAGGUGGAGGUUGUGGAACGGUCAGCAUCCACCAGUCCCAGCUUCUACCAGGGAGGUAUCACCUCCUCUCUCAUUGGCUCACCUAGCUGUCAGUCAGGUAGUUUGAUUUUGCCAACAGUUCCAUCCCUUUGCUGUGUCCCAGCUACUCAGAAACCUGUCCAGCAUAUCUGCAAGAUUGACAUUGAGUUGCGUAGCCAGUCAUUACUUCCGUCAGCUGUGACAAACAAGGCAAACUCCCUGCCUGCCUGUUUGCGUACAUACAGCUUUCAGAAAAGCCCUUCUCUCAUGUUGGGGCAACAACUAGGACAAAACCAAGACAGAGAUGUUAGCACUGAUAGCAUGUGGAAAUAUGGGGAGCAGGAGGAGGCAAAGAUGGUGCAGAAGGAGGUGGAAGAAAAUGGGGAUAAGGAGGAGACAGAAAAGCCACAGGACGUAGCAUGGGAUGAGCAAGGGAUGACAUGGGAGGUGUAUGGCGCCUCUGUGGACUUGGAAUCUCUGGGCACAGCAAUCCAGUCCCACUUGGAGUCAAAGAUUCAGGAGCAGGAAAAACACAUCAGGAGUCUGAGGAAGUCCAUCUGCUCUGACAGUAGCCUCAAAGGGUUAAAGAUGAAGAAGCGGAAGAAGAGGACAGGAAGGAUUCUGAGUUGCUGCAGGAAGGCGUCCGCUGUGGCAGACUGAGAGCAGUCUAGAAA